AAAACCUAAUCUUCAGAUCAAUGAUGAAAUCAAACCCGUAAAAAUAGAAGUUUCCAUAUUUUAUAAGUUAAAAUAAGUACAAGAAUGAAAUCAUGGCUGAUCGGCUGCGGAAGAUCGCACAACAAGUCAAAGACAAGGUCCAAUUUGCGCAAGUUAACGCCAACAGCCGUGAAAAAGUCGAUCAAUUGUUAACAAAAUACGUUCCGGCCCAACGCGUUGCAGCUUUUGCUGAAAAAUUCAAACAGGAAACUUUGAUGUCUAAAGCGAAGGAGAUUGUGUCCAAGUAUGAGAAAUUUACAGGAAUUGAAGAAAUUAUGGCUAUCCAAAAUACGGUGGUUGAGGCUCAAGAAAGAUUCAUUGGAGCCCAAGACAAACGCAGGGAGCUUGGCCGUGAGCUUGCUAUGAUCGAAGCUAGGUUGAAAGAGCUGCAUGCCGAAAUGCAGAACACUAUGAAGGGUGAUGAGAAAUACUUACAGUUGUGUACGGAAGAACAUAAGCUCAUAAUCCAAGAGCGUGCGGCACGCACUCUCUUCUCUGAAGCAGAGAGAGAGGAGAGAGAGCUGUUCGCGACUAUGUCAGCUGCGGUGAAACUCGGUCAUGAAAGAGAGAGGGCUCACGCUGAAAGGAAUAAAUAUUGGUACAUAGUCGCGUCGAUUUUUGGAACAGCACUCGGCAUCGCCGGCUCGACCAUAAACAACAGACUCAAGAUGGCCGAAUUCAGAGACAUGAUGGAACAGCAGAUGGCGCGCAGUGCGAGCGUGCUCUAUACCAUAGCUGGUGGCGGUACCGCAAGCAGGGCUGAUAUCACGGAGGCUAUGAAGACAGAGUUCGCAUAUCAGGAACAACUAGCAAACAAUUUAAGUUUAAUGCAGGAUAAUAUAAAUAAUCUAGUCAGCAAGCAAUCUUCUUUAAUAGACCACUUAAAUCAUCAAGAACAUGUGUUUGAAACGCAAAUACGCGAUUUAAAAAGGUUGGUUGUGGCAUCUGCGCAGAACAGCGCGAAAUCGGACGCGGAGAUUGCGAAAGCAUUAUCUGCAGUGCAUCAAGACUUGGACGAAGCGGACAAAGAGCGGGAAAAACCACCGGUUGUUCUAGAAUCGAAUCAAAUUUUAACCGCCAUCGGGGUCAUUAUGUGCGUAGUUGUUAUUUUCGGUAAUAUAUUCGGUCGUGUAAGUUGAUUUUUCUAUCGAGAGAAAUCCGAGCAAUCCUUUAUAUUUAAUGACAAUUGGCGAUUCGUAAUAUUAAUAGAUAACAUUGUGAUAUUCAUAUUUGUCGUAUUUUUAACCCAACAAAAUAAUUUAUACUGAAUAUCGCUGUGUAUAGGUGGGAUUUUUAAUAGCUUAUUAACUCGACAAUAAAUAUUAAAU